AUGGCGUCGACUGAGAUAGCAAGGCAAGCGGGUGAAGGUGCUCGUGCUGUCCCUCUGGCAGGCCAUGUCGGCUUUGACAGCAUGCCUGACCAGCUGGUCAACAAAUCUGUCAAUCACGGAUUCUGCUUUAACAUCCUCUGUGUUGGUGAGACGGGUCUGGGGAAAUCCACCCUCAUGGACACGUUGUUCAACACCAAGUUUGAGGGUGAGCCCACCCAGCACAACCAGCCGGGAGUCACGCUCAAGUCCAACACCUAUGAGCUCCAGGAGAGCAACGUGCGCCUCAAACUCACUGUCGUCAACACCGUGGGCUUCGGAGACCAGAUCAACAAAGAAGACAGCUACAAGUCGAUCGUGGAGUUCAUUGAUUGCCAGUUUGAAGCAUAUCUACAAGAGGAGCUGAAAAUCAAGCGCACGCUACACAGCUACCACGAUACCCGCAUCCACGCAUGCCUGUACUUCAUCGCUCCCACGGGGCACUCGCUCAAAUCCCUGGACUUGGUGACCAUGAAGAAACUUGAUAGCAAGGUCAACAUUAUCCCAAUCGUUGCCAAGUCGGAUGCCAUCUCCAAGAGCGAGCUGGCCAAGUUCAAAAUCAAAAUCACCAGUGAGCUGGUCAGCAACGGAGUGCAGAUCUACCAGUUCCCCACUGACGACGAGUCCGUGGCAGAGAUCAACUCCACCAUGAACAGCCAUUUGCCGUUUGCCGUGGUAGGGAGCACAGAGGAGGUGAAGAUUGGGAACAAGAUGGUGAAGGCCCGGCAGUACCCCUGGGGGACGGUGCAGGUGGAAAAUGAGAAUCACUGUGACUUCGUCAAGCUGCGGGAAAUGCUGAUCAGAGUGAACAUGGAGGACCUGCGAGAGCAGACGCACACGCGUCAUUAUGAGCUCUACCGUCGCUGCAAACUGGAGGAGAUGGGCUUCAAAGACACAGACCCUGACAGCAAGCCCUUCAGUCUUCAGGAGACUUAUGAAGCUAAGAGGAACGAGUUCAUGGGCGAGCUGCAGAAGAAAGAAGAAGAAAUGAGGCAAAUGUUUGUCCAGAGAGUCAAAGAGAAGGAGGCCGAGCUCAAAGAAGCAGAGAAAGAGCUGCACGAGAAGUUUGACCGUCUGAAGAAGCUCCACCAAGACGAGAAGAAGAAACUGGAGGAUAAGAGGAAGUCCCUGGACGACGAGCUCAACAUGUUCAAACAGAAAAAGACUGCUGCAGAGCUCUUGCAGAACCAAGCCCAGCAGGCAGGGGGCUCCACCACACUCAAGAGGGACAAAGAGAGGAAAAAUUAACUCCUCCCACACUUGCUGCAUGCUGCAUGGGGCAUCUUUUCUGCUUCUUUUAAUCUGUCUUGACCACCUGAAGAGGGGAUUGCAGCUUCAGCAAGAACUAAGCACCCUUUUUACCUCUUCCUGUUUUUUCCUCGCUGUAUCAACCCUUUUUUAUUCUCCCCAUUGCAUCUCCUUUUGUUGAAUUUGGCCUUAUGUGGACUCGCAUGGUAUUUCUGACCACCUAGUGAAGCUCUAAACCCAUGCAGGUUGGGAACCGGGCACAGUUUAAAUCUGCUAUCAUGUCUUAAUGUAUAUAAAGAGACUCUAAUAGAAGUCAGUUGGGAUUCACACAUUUACAGGACUCAUUAUUUGAUCUUCACUUGAAACAAAAUUGCAAAGACCUGCACUAUGCACUCAUCUUAAUACACGCUAUACUGAAACAUCAAAGCUUGCUGGUUUAAAAACAAACUCAUGAAGGACAGAAGCACUUAAUGCACUAUGUGUGUAAUGUGUUAUAAUGAGUAGUCAUGUUGUUUUCUUAAAUUUAGUUCAAAAUGAAAAUCUGCUUCCAGGUUUUCUGAACAUUAAAUUUAAAUUUAGUGUCACACUCAUGCAAAAGCCAAAGCAAUAUUUCUACUUAGCACUUCAUUUGAUGGUGCCCAUGUUUACAUGUCCCUGUUGAAUACCAUGGAGGUCACAUGUAAUGGCCUUUUUUGAUUACACAUUGUGCUUUAAUAUUCACUUGCCUAUUCUAUAUUUUUUUGCAUGCAUCUUUUUUAUUUCAUUACCGCUGUGAUCUUUGACCUGCUUGUUUUUUUUUAUCCUUUUAAUAAUUCAGUUUUGCAGCUUCAUUGCUGUUUUCUUCAAACGGUGCAUUUUAUUAUUAUUAAUGUAUAUUUGCUCUGUCCUAUCAUUUCAGCUCCCUUUUUUGCCAAAUAUUAGUAUAAGAUGGAGUUGAACUGAAUCCCAGAUAGGAGUAUUAAACAAAAGAUACUCAUGCAUUUGUAUAAUUUAUAAGGAUAUAUUUUGUGUAUUGAAGUGGAGACUUGUUGUUUAUUACCUUUAUGACCUUUGGACGUGACUCUGAGUGUAAAGUAACAUUUUGGUGUCAGAAUAUGCCAUACAUUUUUCUAGUAUCAGUCAUCACCUCUUGUAGUCAAAAACUCUCCCACACUACAAAUAAUUAAAUAUGUUACUUUAGUUUGAUUCCAUUGAUGUACAUUUUCAAUAAAAAAAAAUAUGAUCCAAACAU